UGCGGAUAUGUUGAUCAUAUUUAUUGAACAUUUCUGAAGUCCAGUGAUGUGAAGUAGUGAUGAAACUUCCAAACGCUUCGACGUAUAAUGCUGAAGUUUCAGCACCUGAACGUUUCUACUUCCGGUUCACUUGACGCAACUUGCUAUCUUUCGUGUUCCCUUCUAACCAAAACAAGCUCCUUCAAAUCAUUCUCAUUUUGAUGCGACAAAUUACUACUGACUGAAGGCCAACGCAAUCCCAAACAAUAAGUCAAAGAGUAGAGACGUGGAAAAUGAGAGGAAAUCCAGGUCACGAAGAACAACUGGAAAACAAAAGAAAAUGAGGUGUCCUGCAGAUGUCGCUGUAGAAGAUCUUCCCCCUGAAAAGCACGAUGCCCUACAUAUUAAACAGGAGGAGGAAUCGGAGAUGCUGUACAUCAAACAGGAGGCGGAGUCAGAAACUCCCUACGUCAAAGAAGAACAGGAAGAUGAUAUCUCCAAGUUUCCAAAGACUGUCAGUUUGAAGAGCGAAGAAGAUGAAGGUCCGAGCGAAGCAGCGAAAACUUCAAGCGACAGCUCUUUUCAACACCUAACAACAAAAGGAGAGGGACGAUCGCAACCGGACCGCCUCUUAGCUCCGCUUUCGGACAGCGAAGAAAUAACUUCACAUUCUUCUGAAUUUAAUACCGACGAGGAUGAUGAUGACUUUGACCAAAAUGCUUCAAAAUCUUUAAAAAAGUCAUCAUUGAAAAGAGACACAAAAGAAUGUGUGGGUGGGAAACCGUUUGGCUGCCCACUUUGUGACAAAGGAUUUUCUCGGAAGAAUCGGUUAAAAAUACAUUUAAGAAUACACACUGGAGAAAAGCCUUUUGUCUGCACAUGUUGUGGUAAAAGAUUCACCGAGAAGGGAGGUUUACAAAAACACACACGUACACACACUGGAGAAAAGCCUUUUGUCUGCACAUGUUGUGGUAAAAGAUUCAGAGACAAGGCAAAUUUAAAGAAACACAUCAGGACACACAGUGUAGAAAAGCCUUUUGUCUGCACAUAUUGUGGUAAAAGAUUCACAGAGAAGCAAAAUUUAAAGAGACACGAAAAAACACACACCGUAGAAAAGCCUUUUCCCUGCUCGGUUUGCGAGAAAAGAUUUUCUUCCGAGGCUGAUUUAGAAAAGCAUCAGCGUGCGCACACUGGAGAAAAGCCUUUUGUCUGCACACAUUGUGGUAAAAGAUUCACCGAGAAGGGAGGUUUAAAAAAACACACAAGCACACACACUCUAGAAAAGCCUUUUCCCUGCUCAGUUUGCGAGAAAAGAUUUUCUUCCGAGGCUGAUUUAGAAAAGCAUCAGCGUACACACACUGGAGAAAAGCCUUUUAUCUGCACUUAUUGUGGUAAAAGAUUCACAGUGAAGAAAACUCUAAACAUACACACACGCACACACACUGGGGAAAAGCCUUUUGGCUGCACAUUUUGUGGUAAAAAAUUCACCGACAAAGGAAAUUUAAGCAAACACACACGCACACACACUGGAGAAAAGCCUUUUGUCUGCACAUGUUGUGGUAAAAGAUUCAGCGACAAGGGAAAUUUAAAGAAACACAUAAGGACACACACUGUAGAAAAGCCUUUUGUCUGCACAUGUUGUGGUAAAAGAUUCACCCAGAAGGGACAUUUAAACAAACACACACGCACACACACUGUAGAAAAGCCUUUUUCCCUGGUCAGUUUGCCAUAAAAGAUUCUGUCAGAAGGAAACUUUAAUCAGACAACACACUAGAGAGAAACCGUUUGCCUGCUGAAUUUGUGGUAAAAGAUUCGCAUUAAUUAACAAUCGCAUUAACAGUAAAAUAAACCUUUCAAUGUCCUUAUUCAGUUUCCUAUGAGUCUCUUUUGAAAAUCGUUUUUUUCAAACGAUUUUGGAGGUCCUGUUCUUUUUCACAACUAUCCAAUACAGGUAGUCCCGGAUUACGACGUACCUGGCUUACACGAUUUCGACUUUACAACGCCGGAUGUUUUUUUUUUUUUUUUUUGGUGUUAAUUUGGACUUUUGUGUGAUGCACGGUUUUGUCUUGGCACAGUAAGCCUAGAGCAGGCAUUACUAAUGGCACGCCAAUAAGGGAGCAUGUACACACAAGAAGAACGUAUUUGCACACAUGUAGACAAGUCCAUGGGCACAUGCAAACAUGAGGAAGAGCGCAUUUGGUUUCUGCGCAGCCAAGCAAGAGAGAGAGGUGCAAGCCUGCGUGACAUUUCGUGCUUGUGAAGCAUCCACAGAGGCUGUAUGUAACAAUUUUGUAUGGUUUAUUGUAGGUGUUUUACGAAAAAGUCAAGGUUCGCAGUGAGUCAGCAACAGGCACACUUUUGCUUAAUAGACAAUGUUUAUUGAUUAGAAAUUGCAAAUAAAAUGAAUAAAUGAAGUUUUAUUGAUUACAAUCCCACAAAAGCAAGCAAAAACAAGCAUAACACAGAAUAACCACAACGCUAGGUCGAGAUUGUCCGUCUAAAAACCCCCACGAUGCAGUUAAAACACACAAGCACAAGAAACAAUGACGCUAGAUAAAUCAGUUGUCGAAGUUAAAAUACCCCCACACCAAAGUUAAAACGCAACGAGUUCCCCGAUAAUGAACCAAGCUCCUACCUGUCGACAAUGAACGGAGGGCCACACGUUCCUGGUCUGAGCAAUCAGGGAACCACUGCCGAGUGAUUGACGCGUAAAAUCCUACGACCGACCCUGGUGUGGCCCGGAAAUGUCCGCUCUUUAGCUAAACUGCGCCAGAGUGGCGAGAAUAACCUGAUAAGAAGUAACAGUCAGUCCAAAAGAAUGUGUGCACCUAGAGCACACAGCUAGUUACUCUUACUCUCAAAGACAGUUAUUACUAGUCAUACAAUAUAUGUGCAGUUAUUGCUAUAUGUGUGUAGUCAUAUAUGUAGAACACAAUUCGGGUCAUUAAAAAGGUCACAAAGGUCAUACAAGUGUUUUUUUUCUCCAUUCAGUAGGGGUGUGACAAAAUAUCGAAAUGGUGAUAUAUCGUGAUACUUUGUAUCCCAAAAGGUUAUCGAUACGCUCCUGCCAAGAAUCGAGAUAUCGUUUUAAAAAGGUGUCAAGGGCUAUUUGCAGGCCAUGACAUUGACUGGAUGAGUCUUUCUCCAAGGAAAGCUGUCUAUAAUUUCAGUGUAAACUUGUGCAUUUAUUGAAGAUUUAACCACAGCCAUCUCCCCAGUGCCUUUGUCCUGACAUGCGGCCCCAUAUCAUCAAGGACUGAGGGAAUUUUGAUGUCUUCUUCAGGCAGUCAUCUUUGUAAAUCUCACUGGAACGACACCAAAUAGAAGUUCCAGCAUCAUCACCUUGUCAACAGUCAAGAAUCUGUAUUGGACAAGGUGUCAAGAAUCUACAUUGGACAAGGUGAUGAUGCUGGAACUUUUGUUUGGUGCUGUUCCAGUGAGACCUUAAAUGGCCCCAAGUUACCUAGCAUUGACUGCCACUGACAGCCACCAUAGACGUUCAAAUGGAUUGGACGUCUACUAGUGAUAAACUAAUUCCAAUUCACACUAGUAGCUCGUUUUUCUGUUUAGUUGUUUGUAGAAUAUCCUAGAAUGAUUUCCUGACCAAUGUAUCGAUAAUCGUUGUAUCACCAUUAUCGUCAGAUCAUCGUUAUCGUGAGCUUUGUAUCGCAAAUCGUAUCGUAUCGUGAGGUACUAAGAGGUUCCCACUCUUAGUUUAUUGUGCAUUUCCAAUUGUGGUUGAAUACUUUAGGCAAGUUGAUGUCAUUAUUUUGGAUGAUGUGCGAAUGCCAACUGAUACAUGCUAAUCGUGUGGCUUGUUAUUGAUGUAUCAGCAGCUAGUUAUAAAUGCUAAUUUGAAUUGCUGUUAUUGAAGAUGAAACUGACGUUAUUUCAUUUUUAUUUCAGUUACAUUCUGUGUGAAUGUUAUUCGUGCUUAUAAAACACAUAACUGCUGUGUG